AUGGGUAAACUCCUGUUUCUCCUUCUCGCCCUCCUCUUGGCAUCUUGCCAAGCCGGUCCUCGCUUCGACUGCUUUCCAGAGCCCAACGGAGCGUCGCAAUCAGCCUGUGAGGCCAGAGGAUGCAUCUGGAAAGAGGAGAACUCUGGAGUGAGCUACCUACCGUAACCCCAGGGCUCACAUCAAUACGGUAUCACCUUUCAGAUAAACGCUCCGUGGUGUUAUUUCAAAGACGGCGUCGGCUACAACGUGGACUCGCAGCAAGGAUCCACGUACAAUCUGCGCAAGAACAGCGGUCCGAGCAACCCGUGGGGCGGCGAUUUCACCGAAAUCAAACUGACCACGAAGACGAUCGGAAGUGUGCUCAAUGUGCACAUCGGAGUGGAUGGCAGGUGAGACGGGCGGGAAUGCGAAGAAUGUGAUUCUAGUUUCCAAUUUAAAAGUCUCAAAGAUUGACUUGUCUUUGUUCUGAAACUGAAACUGAUAAUUGAAUGUUCAAGUGUAAUGCGACGUACUUUGGUCGGGUCGCAAAGCAAAACUUUUCAGAUAUGAGCCGCCCGUCGAUUUCCCGAGAUCCACCCUCAGCUCCGAUGAAUCUCUGGCCAUUGAGACCUCAAAUUCUAACGAUGUUUUCUCUUUCGGAGUGGUCCGUCAGAGCUCAAACCGCAGAAUCUUCGACACUUCCAUCGGCGGACUGAUCUUCUCGGAUCAGUUUAUUCAGAUUGCCACCUACCUUCCGAGUGAGAACAUGUACGGAUGGGGAGAGAACACUCAUCAGAGCUUGAGAGUGAGUAUAAUAGAGUGCUUCUAAACAUCACCGAACUUUUGUUUCCAGCACGACUUCACCAAGUACCUGACCUGGGCGAUGUUGGCUCGUGACCAGCCCCCUAACUCUGGCAGUCUCGACACCAUGAAUCUUUACGGAGUCCACCCCUAUUACAUGGUCGUCGAGCCCGACGGCAAGGCGCACGGAGUGCUGAUUGUCAACUCGAACGCGCAGGAAGUGACAACGGCGCCCGGACCGUCGCUCAUCUACCGUACCAUCGGCGGCAACCUCGACAUCUACUUUUUCCCGGGACCCACGCCCGAACAGGUCACGCAGCAGUACUUGCAGUUCAUCGGAAGACCGUUCCUGCCGGCCUACUGGGCACUCGGAUACCAGCUCUCGAGAUAUGGAUACAAGGGCUUGGCGGAGAUGAAGACCAGGAUUCAGGCGGUUCGGGAUGCCGGGAUUCCGAUUGAUAUUGGUAUGAGAAGCUGUGCAGAAGAUUCGUAAAGUGUUGUUUUAGGAGUCGCUGACAUUGACUACAUGCAAAGAUACAAAGACUUUACCACUGGAGAUGUACGCCAAAAGAAACACAACUUUUCUUUAAAACCUGAUCUCUUCUCUUCCAGGACUGGGCCGGAUUCGGUGACUACGUGAAGACGAUGCACGACUGGGGAAUGAAGCUCAUUCUGAUCUUCGACCCGGCCAUCGAGGCCACGUAUCCGUCGUUCCAGAGGGCCACAGCGGCCAACGCCAAGUUCAUCGAGUGGGAAUCGAGCGAUCAGGUCCAACGAGACAUCCAGAACCUCUACCCGAUGGCAAAGGACACCAAGAUCAUGCUGGGCGUCGUGUGGCCGGAUAACCACGUGGCGUUCCCGGAUUUCUUGGACUCGACGAACAACACGCAGAACUGGUGGAUCAACGAGUUCGUGACCUACCAGGGACAAGUGCCGUACGACGGAAUCUGGAUCGACAUGAACGAGCCGUCGAACUUCGGCACCAACCAGGACCAUCCGUGGUACUUUGACAGCGACGACCAUCCGGACGACGCGCCGUUGUUCUGUCCGACGAACGGAAGUUCCCUUUGGGAGAUGCCGCCGUACAAGACGCACGCGGUGUGGAGAUUCGGAGACGCCAGCAACGGAGCGUUCCUCUCCACGAACACCCUCUGUCUGCUGGGUCUUCAGAACGGAGGCAGCCAGAGAUUCUAUAACGUCAAGAAUUUGUACGGACUCACGGAGUCGAUUCACACGCAGAAGGCGUUGUUCAAGGCGACGAACAAGCGAGGCGCCGUCGUCUCGAGGUCCACCUUUCCGUCUUCCGGAAGAUAUGCGGGACACUGGUUGGGCGACAACACCGCCAGAUGGGAAGAUCUGAGGACUUCGGUGAUCGGAGCACAAGAGUUCAAUCUGUUCGGAAUACCGUGAGUUCAAUCAAUUUCAGCUAAACUUCAUUUCAAAGUAAUAAUUAUAAGUUAGAGUGAUCAUGAGAUGAGAUUGAGUUGAAGAUGUGUGCGAGCGAACGUCCUAUAUACACAUUUAUUACACUGAGAGCCGUGAGGUGAGAGUUGUUGAGGAGAAGUCGAGAUGAUCGAUGGAUUCGGCUGCUCGGCAGCCAUUUUUAGAAGAAGAACAGGUCGGCGCAGUCGGAAAGAGUGCCGCCGUCGAUGCGGAUUGAAGGCGGGCAACGGUCCAUGUCUGAAACUUUGAGAUUGCCACGUCAUCUUCAGAGUAGAAUAAGAAGGAUAUGAGUAUUGUAGAUCAUAAUCUUCACACCUACUACUUUAUUUCUCUAGUUUACAACUUUUUGUACCGUCACUUUGAAGUUUGCACUGAAAUCCAUAGAACUGUGAGAUCGCACAACUUCAAAGCUUUACAGUAGUCUUAAAAGAGAUGGCUAAAAAAAGUUGUCAACUAGAAAAAGGAAGAACUAGGUUUGAAGAUUAUGCACGAACAUUUUGGGAGCGAUAGGACUAAUAUGUCAGGUCGAAAACCAAGUAAAAAACAAAAAGUUAACAGGGAAGUCUUCAAACGAUCACCAAAUGCCGCGUAAACCAAUCAAGCCUAACACCUUAUAACGUGAAGAGAGCGAGAGAGAAAGAGAGAGAGAGAGAAAGAGAGAGGGAUAAACCCACUUCCUAUUGUGAUAAAUCAACGCUUAUCAUCCGAAUCAAACGAAUUUGAUGCGAUUCGUCAAAUAGUGUGGGUCGGGAUGUAGAUCAGAAUCAGUCAGAAGAAGCACGUAUAUUAUUAGAAACUGACCAAACUUUUCGUCAAACCAACAUACUAUUCGCGUACUUUUAAAGGGGGGUCUAACAUUACACAAAAGUAUGCAGAAAGGGAGGUCUUUAUUGGCCUAGUCAUGUCGCGAGAAUGUAGCCAGCAUCGAGAUUCGGAGGCUAACGAAAGCAAUGAGUCAGAGGUCAGAAAGUACGGAUUAUUACGAACAGGAACAUUGACGACUAAACGUUCUCAUAGUUGUAUUACCGAAAUGGACUGAUAAAGUUCAUUUUUGCGUCAUUCGGGAGAAGAUUUGUAUAGUUUGUGGUCAAUCUACGACAGAACACAGAAGAAUGAGACUAGAGUAACUUUGAGCGUGAAUAUCCGUGUCCAGAAGCGUAUUGUGAAUCCAAAAAAUUUUGUGCACAAUUUCCAAACCUAGUACUUCAAUUCUCCAGUUGACACCUUUUUUGUAUGACCACUUCUAAGACUACUGUAGCGCUUUGAAGUUACGCCAUCCUCGAGUGUCUGUGCAAAUUUCAAAAAGCAACAGUAGGCUUUAAAGUGGUGAUACAAAAAUGUUGUCAACUGACAAAAUGCAGUUCUAAGUGUGAAGAUUUACCAAAAAAAUUUGUAAAGUUGUAGAAUGUACCUGGGCUCAGAUAUACACACUCAAAACUUGGUCUUGUUCUGGCUGCUCUAUAAGCCAUAUUCCCAACCAUUUCUAGCCAAGAAAAAGAGUCUUCUAGUAAUAGUUUGAGCAGUGCUUCGAGUUCUCAAAGAAACUUCUAGACCCUCUAAAGAGACUCGCCAGUUUCUCAAGAGCUACUCAUAAAUGAACCCGAUCUGGGGGGAAGGUGCGAAACGAAAUGAAAUGGUGCCUUUUCUCUUGACUUUCUCCCUCCUCCUCCUCCUCCUUCAUCUUUCGACUCCACCUCUUCUGUUCUGCAAACAAGAAAGGUCUCUCUUUCUCUCUCUUCUACCGUAAUCCUUCAUGACCAUUCCACUCCAGACGUCCUCCUCCCAUUCUGUUUUGAUUAGCCCCCCCCUUCUACCAACAAGGGGGCGACCACACCCUAAUUAUAAUUUGAUAUGCUCACAGGAGAGUGUUGUUAUCUUAAUCGUGUUAACACAUCAGGCCAGAACGGUUGCGUCACGCACUGGCAUUUCGACUACCGUACCACCACACACUUCUUCUUUUUUGUUUCCAAGAAAAACGUCGAGAUCGAAUUAGAAGAGGGGGGGGGAGCCUAUGGUUUUUUGUGUCGUCGUCGUCGUCGUCGUCGUCGAGAAAGGUGUUUCGGACACACCCUGUCCUGUUCUUGACGUCAGCAAAUGUGCGCGAUGCCAAGACGUCUGCAAUUAGGCGCCGUGAUGGGUUCAGGAGACAUGAAAAUGAAUUAGAAGUUAUUAGUACAGUACUUACCGCACAAUCUUUGCAGAUAUGUCGGUUCGGACGUCUGCGGAUUCAUCGGCACCACCACCGAGGAGCUGUGUCUCAGAUGGCAGCAGAUGGGCGCUUUCCACUCUUUCUUCAGGUACCGUACGCUUUCUUUACCUGAAAUUAUUAAAGUUUGAUAGUAAGAGAAAUAAUACCUACCCAACGCCGUGGAGAGUUGCAGAAAAGUAGAGUUGAUUUUGAUUUCUGAGUUCCCAAUUGUUUCCCUCUUGACCCUUGCCGAACUUGUUGCGUCGAAUUGACAAAAUUGUUGCUAUUUUUGGAACUACAGCACCACUUGUUUUUCUAGAACGUUCGAGAAUCCCUGAGGUUCACAGGGAUGCCAACGAGCACCGUUUAAUCAAUACUGUCUUCUAUGUCAGCUACCGGUAGAGAUAUCAAAAAGUUGCCAACUAAUAGCAAGUUCAUUAAUGAAUUUUGCACUUUUUCUCAGUUGGCUACAUGUUGAUAUCUGUUCAGACAACUGAGAUAAAUCGCGUUGAAUGUUCGGUAAUUGGGUGUGGUAAUGCAAAAUGCAAACACGCUCUGAGGACCGAGUUUGCAACAUCAAUCCUUGGCCUCCCAAUUUACUGCCUCUUACCGUACUCAUUUCAGAAAUCACAACACAAUCGGUGCGCCAGCUCAAGACCCGGCCGUCUGGCCAUCAGUCACCGCCGCCACGAAAGCCGCGAAUCUCUUCAGAUACCAGUACCUCCCAUACCUCUUCAGGUACCCUUCCUUCUUUUUAAACUUUCAACGUCCACUUUCAGUCUUCACUUCUUGGCCUCAAAGAACGGAGGAACGGUCAUCCGUCCGGUGUUCUUCGAGUUUCCGUCCGACGCGGAGACGUUCAACCUCGGCUACCAGUUCAUGUGGGGCUCACAGAUUCUGGUGGCGCCGGUCGUCUACGAGGGCACCAGCUCUGUGAAUGUGUACCUGCCGACGGACAGAUGGUACUCGUUGACCGACUGGAAGUACGGUAGCAUCAUCUCGCCCGGAUUUGUGACCGCUUCCGCGCCAACCACCUCCAGAAUCCCGGUCUUUGUGAGAGGUACUAGUGUUUGCAGGCAGCAAAUCGAAAUCAAACAAAGCAAAGAAUACUUCCACAUUCCAGAGAUUCUCUAGUCAUUACAUUAUCUACGUAGUGAUGAAGAACACGAAAAUGGAAGCCAAUUAGUGAGGGGGAGAAAGGGGAGAAAGAGAGGGGGAUAGAUUGGACCAAAGUCACUCUAGCAUGAUAUUGGAAGAAGAAUGAGAUCAAAGAUAGGUUGGUUGGCCCCCACGGACGGACGGCUACACUUGGGUCAGACACGCGUUGGUCUUGACGUCGAAAUCAACUGAUUUCGGGUCGAAUGUGGGAGUCUGCAAUAGCGAAAAAUAGACUCCGGGUCAUGGAUUCAGCUUGAACAGCGAAUUUAGAUUGUUUUUUUCAAUUUAGACUAAAACUUGAAUUUCGCACUUGAAAACGAACCGCUCCGAUUCCAGGAAUGUCGAUAAUCCCCCGCCAAACGCCGUCGAUCACCACCUCGGCGACCCGGCUCAAUCCGUUCGAAUUGCUGAUCGCUCCGUGCGAAAUGGGCCGCGGAAAGGGGUCUUUGUACUGGGACGACGGAGAAACGAUCGUCACCGACUUUGGCACGCACGAUUAUCAUCAGUUCGACUUCUUCUUCAACUCCACCACGACCGGCGCCGUUCUGAACAUCACUCACUCGAAUAAGGUCCGUUUUCUUCGAAUUCAGUCGGUUCCGUGUAAUCCAUUAAUUUCAGAGCUCCGCGAUCGCGCUUCCGACUCUCGACAUCAUCGAAAUCUUCAAUUAUCCGAAGGCGCCAAACUUCCGAUCGUUCACGCUCAACGGCGAAUCCGUGAACGUGAACGUGCAGACGUCGACGUACUCUGGAAUCACAAAGACUCUGUACAUUUCCACGAAGGGUCUCAUCAACCUGACGUCUUCCGAUUCCAUCCUUCUCCAGUGGUCGAACACCGGAUCCGCUGCGCAAGUUGUCGGAGUGGAGGGCUCGCCGAGCAAAUUGAGGGCACUCAAGACGAACCGAUACGAUGAGUUGUACUUCUGA